AAAAUGUUCCGUUAUGGUCAAUGUGUUAAGGUAAUAGACGCGAAACGUCUAUUUCAAAAUAAUCAAAAUAAGAUUUGUGAAAAAAACUUUUUGUGCACGUUGGUAACACUACAAAUGUUUGUUGCUGUCGAGAAGCAGUAGUUUGGUGUCGUUGAGGCGUCAUUUUAUACAACAGUGGUCGAGUGUCCUGAUGAGAUAUUUCGCGAAGUUACAAGGCAUUCGAAGACAACCAUGGAAGCAUUAUUACCAUCUGAAAUAGCUCGACUAGUUCUUGGUUACCUGGAAGAUCAGCAGUGUACAGAAGCAGCUAAACUUUUUUUGGAAUCAUCUCCGCAUUUACAAGAAUGCCGUACAGUAGUUUCUUGUGGAAAACGAUUCAGUACCAAAGUUAAUGGUUUAACACUGAUGGAUGUUAUUGAAAAAUUUUCUGCUAUUAGCACCAUGAUUCAAGAGCGAUUAAACAAAGCCACAGACUGUGAGCAGUUAAAACAUUGUGGGGAUCUAAUAGAGCAGCUAAAGUUCCUUGUGGAGGAACCACGUGGUCAGCGAUUUGUUGUGAACAUAAAUGUACCUUCUCAGAAUAACUCGCAAGCAUCAAAUGGCUCACCUAUUCUUGCGAAUAACAUGCGUAGAAGGCGCCAUAGUAACAGCGAACGGAACAAACGCCCUGUUAAAUCCCAAUCAAAUACAGCGCAACAGCCUGAUGUCCUAACGACCUCACCGAUUUCUCACAAUGUGGAUACAACUCCGUUGGAAAGUCUGCCUGGGAAUAUUAAUAUGUUUAAGCAGGCGGAAUCUAGCAACAGGACUGAGAAAAGAGACGACAAUAUUGCGCAUGAGUCGCUUGGUCAAUAUGACUUUGAGAAAAACGAUGGAAUGUGGAAUACACAACAUUUUGAAACCGAUUUCAAUGGCAAAAAGAAGGAGAUAGCCAACAUUAUGACAAGCACGCCGUCACUUAAACGAUGUACAACUGCGACAAAUACGGAAGAGCUAUUACAAUUCUCCAGCGCGGAAGUGCAAACCACUCCUUACGAGAUACCCGAGUCGGAGUCUGAAUCGAAUGAUGAACCCAUCGAGAAUCUUAGUAUAUUAACGAAAGAAAUCUUGAAUCGUACAGAAUUACAAGAAUGUAUUGCCGAAAAUAUCAAUAGAGCAAUCAUUCCUACGGACUUAUCUCUGAGGGAUGAGUGUUUCAACGAAUCGAUUGGCGAAGGGAACACUUCUAUUAUGGCCGAGUUGAAUAAUGCUAUUAAGUCGAUUGUUGAAGCGACAGAGACCGAUCCCGUAUUCGAGAAGUUCCUCGAUGAGAUCAUCGGGCCGCAUACGGAGACCGACACGAGUCCGGAAGAAGAUGGUGAAGGAAAGCACAGCCCAAAGUUUCUCAACGAAGUGGAGCAAGAGAAACACGUAGAAGCUACUUUUGGCAACGUCAGCUCACCAGAACCAACAAUAGUGGAUACCAGGACGUCCGCAGAGAACAAUGCCGCAGAUGUGCCUCUGAAGCAUAGACUACGCAGCUCUUCCAGACAGCAAAAUAAUAGAAUCGAGGAUGAGGCCGAGAAAAGCAAAGAUCAGGAGAAGGAACAGAGCUCUUUGGAGGAUCAGAAUGCAGCCGCGGUGUUAAGUAUUGUAAAUGCUAAUAUUACCAAUAACACGUCCAAUGAGAAAAAAAUUGUCGACAACGUGAAAGAAUCAACGGUCGCAGGUGAAAUUACGGAGGAAAAUGUCCAAAUGAUGAUAUCUGCUGCAGUGAGUAAAGAGGACACAACAACAAAGUCUUUGACGUCGUCGAACAUUCAAAGAAUGAGCAACGUAGUACCGUCUGCGAACGGCAAUACGGAGUCUAAAGUCAAGAAAUCGACGGUGAAGCGACCGAGGCCCACGAAACCAAAACGUGACCAAACAAUUAACGACAAUCAAAUCAUGACAAAACAGGAGAUGAUGACCACACCGACGCUAGUGGUAUGCUCGAAAGAAGAGAUAAGUAACCUCCUGAGUAUGAAUCACUCGUCGACCAUCAGAUCAACCUCCACAUCCCGUUUUAUCCCGAUCGCUCCGAAAGAUCCAAGCAGAAUCGCCGGAUCUUUAGAAACUAUGUACCUAAGAACAGUGAACCUAGCACAAAAACUGCCAAUUCUAGUGGAUGAACCGGGCAACUCGGGUCAAGCCUUGUCACAAUCUCAGAGGAGUACCACCAAGGUGAGCAAAACGGUAAAAACCGUGCAUAAAGUUGAUGCAACAUUGACACCCGUUAUCAUUGAUCAGCGGCCCUUAAUCCCGACGGAACCUAUGCAGAUGAUUGGUAAGCUCGCGGCGGGUGAGUCCCAAGUGAUCACGCUCUACGGCAACGAGAGCAGUGCGAAAACGUCGUUGGACAGUGCCAAUAUGCCUACGAUCAACCUGGAGGAGAAUAUCAGUCUGUCGGAGAGCGGUCUCUCGCCGUACGUGAAAUUCAAUUGCAGCAAGAUCGGUCAGAGCCACAAUCUCUCGGACAUCGAUCUGACACCCGUGAUGGAGAAUGUAAAGUGCACUGCCACCACGACGAUGACGAUCGACGCCACCACCGCGGAGCAGCAGCCAACAGUCUCUACGAACACGGAUAUUAUCACAAAACGUACACCGAAAUCUCUGCUGAAAAGCCGCUCCAAGAACCGCAGACUGAGUCUGUCCACACCACGCAAACGAAGCAGCCAUAUAAGAGCGCUCGAUUUCAGCACGCCGCCGAAGGUGAUCAGCUCUGCUAGGAAGGCAAACGCGAACGAGACAACGAAACGCUUGAAAUCCGUUUGCAGAACAUCGUUGUUCAAAUCACCGUCGUUCUCUAAUUCAUCCGCUAUGACCACGCAGAAGCAACAAAGCCCGGUGAAGAUUUGUCAGUCUUACAAGAUUCCCAUAGCCACCAGGAGUCCCGCGCCUAAAUUAAUGGGCGGAUGGGACAAAUUCAACGGCGUCGGCGUUAUUAUCGGCGAUGUAUCUUCUCAUGGGAGUACCAGUGCAUCCUCUUCUUCCGAAGACCGAGCUCAGCACAAGACGUCGAAAAUGCCGGCAGAAAUUUGGGAUGCUGAUCUACGAAAAUGUUUGCAAUCAAACAAAAAAGACGAGACCGAGGUGAAGAAGCCCACGAAGAGAAAACACUCGAAUAAGGACGGCAAUAGCGUAACGCAUAAGCGAGGCAAAUACAAUCAGCAAUCGACAAAAAGCAAAGACAAGAGGAAGUCCUGCGAGACGUCUCAGAAGACUGAAGACACCAACGAGCCAUGUGAGCAUUCUCAAGAAAACGCGAAAACCACAACAAUAGAGAAGAAUCAUGACGUCAUUACCACUAGCGCGAGCAACAUUUCUACGAGUAAAUUUGAUAAAAUUUCAGGGUCAGGCGAUGCUUCCGAGACGUCGACGAAAACGGACGCUAUAAGUACCCCCGAUAACGACGCUGUGGCUGAGAAGAAGCCUCUGAAGAAGUACGUGCAACUGAAAACGAUAAGGACUAACCUGAAAAAGCCCAACGACGACGAGAGCAAGAAUAACACAGAGGACGCAAGUCAAGUGGUGAACAGGUCACAGAUGUCCGAGCUAUCGAGAAUUUUAUCCUCGACCAGCACACAGCAUAUGCUUCAAAUACCCGACAUGAUCGAUGUGGAGACACCCAGGAAAUUCAAUAACGACGGCACGUCUAUGUUGCCACCGACGCCGAGGAUGCUCAGUCCCGGUAACAACGCCGUCACGCCGUUCAUUAAGCUCAGUGAGGACUCCAGCCGACUGCGCAGCAGUUUCAUCAGUACGCCGGAGUUUCCAAUUACCCCGUGCAUAUCUUUGACGCCGAAGCAUACAGAAGAGACGACUAGAGAUGUCGUGAAGGAGAACGAAUACCGUUCCCCGUACUACGAGCCCAGCUGCGAGCAGGCGACGGAAGAGAAAAACGGAAUAUCCAAGAAUAUUCCCGUUGUCAGUGUGGAAUCACCGGUGAUCUCGUCGUCACACAUCAAACUGCAAUCGACGCACAACAGUCUCGCUGCCGCCGGCACAUCUUAUCAAACGUGCACCUCCACAACGAAGUUGGAAAUCACGCAGUUUGAGGUGAUCAAGGAGAACCUGCCGAAGGAGGAAGCAAUCAAGGAAUUGAAGAUCGCAUCUAACAACAAAGACUCGACGAUGGAGCUCAAUACUGUCACUUCCUCCGCAUCCGUCGUCGCGGUGGAUUUGAUACGGAUCAACGAGCUUCCGAACACAAACGUUGAACACCACCAUCAGACAUUGAUCUCCGAUCACAACUAUAGCAACGAGAGCGACAGCUCCUCGUCAUCCGAUAUUUCAUCUUCGUCUGAUUCUUCUUCCUCGUCGUCAUCGACGUCCACUACUAACUCGUCAUCAUCGUGCUCGUCAAACGACAAAAGCAACCACUCGCCGACGAAGAAUCUAAACGCGCACGAAGAUACAGACGCGGUGGAGAAAAAUAACGAGAAUAAUUCGAACAUCAAUCCUGUAAUUGUGGAGGAGUCCUCGCCGAGGAAGGUAUUCGCGAUCGAGAAAACCGAUGAUCAACUGCAAGCUACUCCGCAGGAAACUCCCGCCAAGGACGAGACUCUAUUGAAUGAAGCAGACAUCUCGGAGACGCCCAGCAGCUCGAAAAGCGGCAUCGAGAAUCUGACAAACUUAUCGACCAAGAUCUCGGCAAUCAUCACGGCGGAUGAGAAGCUGUCGAAGCUGACCAAGUCGCAGGACAACAGUAAUAAAAACUUCAGCCGUGCGCGGUCGAAGCCGAAGGUGACGAACGUGCAGUGCAUCCGGCCAGAGUCGUCGAAAGCUGCCAUCGAAGAAUUUGUGAAAGCAGCCGCCGGUGAUUCUCACGCACACCAACCGACCAUAUGCAACAAGCUGAUCAUGCAUCUACAGGAGAAACGAGAACGCGUGGCUGCAAAGUUUCGAGAUGCGCCAAAGUCCAACAUCGCCAGCGGCACGACGCGCAAGCGUAUGCUGAUGAGAAAGGCCUCCAACGACGCUCGCAACAAAAACGCACAAUUCACCAAACUGAACAGACGACAGGCUGCACCCUCAAAGCACCCUCAAGGCAAUCGGGAUCGCGACAAGCCGGCUACAGUGCCUCCUCCUCAGAUUGUUCUUCAGGAAAGUAACCCGGCGAAAAAUACACGGAAGAGAUGCGAGCUGCAAAAACAAAGCUCCGCGAGCGGAUGUGGUGAUCACGACGAAGAGAAGAGAAAGCAGAUGAGCACGUCGAGAAACGUGAAUUUGUCGCCGACGACGACGAGUCACGUAACUAUCGGUAGGCUGCACAAUGAUUCAGAAAUGAAGCAAACACACAUGAGCAAUGUCGGCAACGCGAACUCGCUGGAAAAUUUUAACAACAUUGAGACAGAAUCUGCUGCGAAAUCUUCACUGGAGGAGCGAGAUCGCUCGAAAGAGCGAGAUUGCUCGAAAGAACGAUCGAACGCCAAAGAGAACGCGGAGAGAAGCUGCGACGUUAACACCGCCAGCCGAGAAGAAGUCAGAAAGACACUUGGAGACGGUAAUACGCAUACAAAGGUCUUGGAGAAGGAAACUAAGUCCACAGAAAGGCAUGUUGUUGCGCAGGAAACCUUAAUUAGCGAGGAUAAGGCGAAGCCGGAGUCGCGUGAUCAUGUGGAGAAUCGGGCAAGUAAGUCGAGGCAGUUCGCGAGUCACAUCGACAAGGCCAAGUGUAUACUGAAGUGCAAAGUAGAUCAAGUGAAGCGUGAUCUGUUCAGCGACGAAGAGAAUGAUCAGAGAGUGUCGUCCUGCGUGGCAACCUCGCAAAGGGAGAAGGCUCAUAAGACAACAGAGGAGACGCAGCAGAGCUCGGCUCCCAUGAAAGAAGUUUCGAGUCUUUCACAGGAGAACAUUCACGUGGAAAAUCCCAAAGAAGAAUUGUCGAGUGUUCUACAGUGUCUGCAAUUAGUGCCAGCGCACAAGAACGAGAACGAACUGGGUCAGAACGAGAAGCAGCAACAACAGCUGAACGAAGACAAGAACAAACUAGAGGAGACAAAUGAGGACGAUGGCAACAAGUCAGACCAGAAAAAGGCUACUGUUCCUAAUUACAAGGCCGAGUACCAUUUCGUGUACGAUGACAGCGCGCCGGUAAGGAAAAGGAGGAGAAGAUAUAGCGGGCACGAGUUGCAGAUCGAGAUCAAUCACGCCGACCUGUCCGAUCCGAAUCCCGUCGAAUGCAUCACAGUACUAAAAGCUACCGAAUUCGAGGAGAUAUUCAAUUUGCAGCCGAAGAACUCAAAGAAGCGAACAUUAAGCAAGAAGACGUUGCACAAGAGUGAGACUUUCGCUACGAAGACGGAUAACGAAGCGAUUAUCUCGAGAGACAACACGAAGCUUCUGGCCGCAUCGUCUUCCAUGGACGAGAUGUCAGGAGCGAAAGCGAAGAAGUCGAUUAAGACGGCCAGCAGAACCGGUAACGAUGCGCAGAUCGACCUGAAGAAGAAGUCGAAGCCAGAUAAAACUCAGGAGAAAGUUUUGGAGACUGCCACUAAAAGUCGCAAGAGGAAACUAUCGGAAACGAAAGAGACAAAACAGAUUGAGAAGUCAUGCGCGACUGAUCCGCAGACGCUACUCAGCAACGUAGAUCUAAAUAAAUUUCUGACUACGGUGCACGGACCUGAAUAGGAUCUUUCCAUAGUGUAUUUUAGGAUAAUAUAUACAAUGUAUUGUACGAUAUUCAUUGCACAACUUGUACACUUGUAAAUAGUGUAUUUUCUCUAUAUUUUAUGAUGUCGCGCGUAUUUUCUAUUUUGAUAUAACACGUAAUAUUUUAGGUAUUUCAUUAUUAAUUAUUUAGGAACUAUUAGUUACUUGUAAAGAUUUAAGAACUAUUAGUUACUUCUAUAUACGUUUUAUGAUAUUUUGACUCAUUAGUAUCAAUAAUUGACAAACGAAGUAUGUAGAGAGGUUUUUGCUUUCUUUUAACUUAUAACUGAAAAUUUUGAGUAACAUUUGUUAAAAAAGAAAUAUCCAUGUAAUAGCCAGUUCAAAGUACACAGCAAGUAGUAUCAAUA